AUGAGAAAUGAUGCCGGUAAACGUCAAGGAGGAGCGGAGCCCUCGAAGGCAUUUAAGCAGCAGAGGACGUCUAACACAUUGUCAAAAGAGGAGCAUUUGUCGUAUUCGGCCUCUGAAGUAAAUACUGAUUUGCCUUCCGCAGUUUCUGAGACCUGUGGAUCGUCUCCACUGCGCGAGAGGAUCCGUCUAAAUAUGCGAGCGAGGUUUCAUCUCGUAUCACACUUUUUGUCACGAAAACCGACAUCCAAUGACGUCGAGGAAGAGAAGUGUGAACAUGAGGCUAGCGAUACUAUCUUGACGCUCUGCAAGGUUUUGAACCAACCUUAUUCGGUUGUGCUGACUUCGCUGGUUUACCUGCAGAUGUACAGGAACGCCAGCGAUCGAUGGCGUGAGUCUCUGCAACCAUCCGCAGGAUCUCCCCGUAAAAUGGAACGCCACGAACAGUUCCUUAUUGCUGCAUCAUGCGUUUUACUCGCUUGGAAAUACCGCGAGGACGAUGUGCGCGUUAAUAAGUCGAAUGGCAAGAUUUUUGAGUUUACAUCAGUGUUGUACAAGGUGUAUGUUGCACAGAGCAAAAAUAGCUCGUCACCACCUUCCGUGUCUCGCUGGAUGUUGCAAGACGAGGGCAAGGAAAUAUUGAAGCUGAAGUCGCAGUUAAUAGAACACGAGAACCACCUACUUCACGCUUUAAACUAUCACGUGGGCCCUGUGCCGCUUCCUCAUAAGUUGAUUCCGUCAUACGUACGGAGGUUCCUUAUCGCAAUUGCUAAAGACUUGUCGGAUUUGCAAGAUUUGGCCCUAAAGAUGGAUGAUCUAGUCGGAUUAUUGGUGCUAGAUUGCUACAAAACGCGGAUUUGUCUGGACUACACUCCUGGUGAAAUUUUGGUGUCGUGUAUCUUCAAAGCGGUCAGCUUGCUUACGGUUGCAGGUGCGUACCCGCGCGUCUUAUCACCGCAAUUGGAGCACGAAGGGUACCUCGGCCAUAUUAAAGAGACAGAGGCUCGCCUAAACACGUUCAUUUCAGCGCUCGGAAAAUCAGAUAUAACGGCCGACCGUAUUGCACAGUGUCUGAACGACAUGCGGCGAUACGUACGCCCUCCUAGGAAAGGCGAAGUUACGCGUACUGAUGGUAACAUAGGGGAACGAGAAAUUAAGCCUAGGUGA